AUGUUAGAAGAACGGGACCGGACCGGCCGGUUGGACUGGUCCGACCGCGACCCGCCACGAAAGCGGUUCGAUCUGACGCCGAAAACCGGGAUAUUCAAGAACCCGGGUCAAAUGUCCAAAAACCCAGUUCGACCGGCAAAACCCGGCGAACCCGGAAACCGCUCGAGAUCCAUAGAUAUUACACAAAGUGUCGCCGAAGCAAUUGCAAUCUAUAUUCAACCGAUAUUGGCAACUACGAUAAAGCUAAAGAAACGCCCGCAUGGUGGAUCUACUCCGGGCAGAAGAUAUAUUCGUCGUGAUAGAAAGUCUCGCCACAACAUGAUAAUUAAAGACUACUUCAAAUGUGAGGAUUCGAAAUACACGGCUGAUCAUUUUCGUCGUUGCUUCCGAAUGGAUGUUAACCUCUGUACUCGCAUUUUGGAUGAAAUUGAGAAGAAUGAUGAAUACUUUACUAAAAAAGUUGAUGCAGUAAAGAAUCAGGGGUUGAGUCCACUUCAAAAAAUGAUAGCGGCAAUUCGUAUGCUCGCAUACGGGUGUUCAACUGAUAUUCUUGAUGAAUAUGUUCAAAUUGGCGAAAGCACAACAAUUGAGAGUCUCCAACAUUUAUGUGAUUCCAUAAUUGCAAUUUUUGAAGAAGAGUGUUCAAGGAAACCAAAUGAACAUGAUAUUAAAGUUUUGCUUAAACAAGGAAAAGCUCGAGGUUUCUCAGGUACCCACAACGAUAUCACAGUUCUUGAUAUAUCUCCACUAUUUGAUAAUAUUGUUCAUGGAGUUGAUCCAUUGUGUAAAUUUAAAGUAGACGACAACAAUUACGAUAUGGGAUAUUACCUAACAGAUGGAAUUUAUCCGGAAUAUGCUACUCUAAUUCAAACCAUUUCUCAGCCAUCUAGUGUCAAAGAAAAAUUAUUUGCUAAACAACAAGAAACCGUAAGAAAGGAUGUGGAACGCGCCUUUGGUGUGUUGCAAAGUAGAUGGCAUAUUAUCAAGGGUCCUUCACGAAUGUGA